AUGGAUAAAAAUCAAAAUAUUUUGAAUAAAAUUAAUAUAUCUUCGCAAUCAACAAAGAUUGCUAAAAUUGAAAAUGAUUUACAAAACUGGAGUAUUCCAGAAGAACCUUACAAAAAGAUUUAUCAAUUAGGUAACUUUAGUUUCCUCACUCGUUGCAAUAUCAAGACUUGUGAAUCUACUAUUGCCAUUAACAAUUCUUCUGAAAUUGUUCGUCUUCUUAAAGACAAAGAUCUAGACAGGUACAAAUCUAGCUUCAACUAUUUGCAUAUUGGUUUAGUUCAAGUUGCUGUAAAACCUCUGUUCAGAAAAGGUCUUGAUAUUCCUGUCUGCGUUCUCCUUAGAGAUGACAGAUUUCUUAAUUUUGAUGAUUCCCUUCUUGGAUUACUCCAAAGUAAUCUCACUGAUGGACCAGUUUACUUCAACUGUUAUCCUAACUUCUCGGUUGACAUUAAUGAUCCUAAUGUCACAGACACUCUGACUCUCAAUGUCAAAACCAAAAAUCUCAAUAGCAAAACGGAUUCUAGAGAAAUUGUUGUAGUCUAUAGGGUUUAUUAUAGACUUAUGAAAACUCAACUUGCUCCAAAAGCGUGUCUUGAAAGCGUCAGAGGAGAAACCAUGCUCAUGGAAGCUAACCACUCACAUAGUUCCAUUUUUGUUCCUAGAACCUUAUAA